GAAUGCGGAGACUGGCAGGCAGCGGCUAAGCAAUGCUAAAUUGAGAACUGACACUACGACCGUACGUACGCUCUUAGUAUUACACAGAGAACAGUCAAGUCGAGUACAUGUGUUUACACCGGGGGCACGGCAAAACCUCACAAGGGAACCAUGGCGUCCAUGUCCGUGAAAUUUUCGCGUUUGCUCUGGAGUAAGGGGAAUUUGCCGAAACUGGUUAUUAGCUGCAGCGCUUUGGACUCACAAUGUGCAUAUUGUAAGUACGGCGAAAGGACUCAGCAGUCGAGGUGGUCUAGUUCGCUGGUUCGGAGUUUUCCUCCGUUCAAUGUGUCAAACAGAAUCAAGCAGAACUUGGCACACCAAAACUGGACCCAAAGAACGGCGGCAAUGUGCACCAGUUCUGAUGGCGAUCACGACAUGACCAACUGGCUUUGGUCUGUUUAUAAUGAAACCAAAAAACAGACAGAAGAUUUGAUCCCAGUAAUAUCGAGUAACUUUGUGAACCCUGACACGAUCUUUGCCAACAAUGAGAUAAGCCUCCAAGACAUUGAGAUCUACGGCUUUGACUACGACUACACCCUGGCGUUCUACUCCAGCCAUUUACACACGCUGAUAUUCAACAUCGCGAGAGACAUCCUCAUUCAGGAACACAGGUACCCUGAGGGGCUACGGGACUAUGAAUACAUCCCAGAUUUUGUCAUCCGGGGACUGCACUAUGAUGUACAGAAGGCUUUAUUAAUGAAGAUCGAUGCAUUUCACUAUAUUCAGUUGGGAACGGUGUACAGGGGCCUUCACCCAGUGACAGAUAAGGAAGUCAUCGCGAUGUACGAAGGCUCCCACGUGCCCCUGGAGAUCAUGAGCGACUUCUACGGCAAGAGCUCCCACGGCCUCACCAUGAAGCAGUUCAUGGACAUUUUCUCCUUGCCCGAGAUGAACCUGCUCUCCUGCGUCAACGACUACUUCAUGAAGCACAACAUCGACUACGAGCCUGUCCACCUGUAUAAGGACGUGAAGGCGGCCAUAGGAGAAGUGCACAUAAAGGGCAUGAUGUACAGGGCUGUGGAGGCUGACAUCGAGAAGUACAUCUGUUAUGGCGAGCAGACAUACGCCGUGCUGAAGAUGCUGUCGGAGAACGGGAAGAAGAUGUUCCUCAUCACCAACAGCCCCUUCGACUUUGUGGAUCGGGGAAUGAAAUACAUCGUGGGGCAGGACUGGAGGGACCUUUUCGAUGUGGUCAUUGUGCAGGCCGACAAGCCCGGGUUCUUCAACGACAGGAGGAAACCCUUUCGGCGGUUGACCGAUAACGGGGUGCUGCUUUGGGACCGGAUCCACCAUCUGGAGAAAGGACAGAUCUACAAGCAGGGAAACCUGUAUGAAUUCCUGCGACUGACCGGCUGGAGAGGGUCUAAAGUGCUGUACUUCGGAGAUCACAUCUACAGUGACCUGGCUGACCUGACGCUGAAGCACGGCUGGCGGACGGGGGCCAUCAUCCCGGAGCUGAGGAAGGAGAUCAAGAUCAUGAACACGGAGGAGUACGUCCACACCAUGACCUGGCUGCAGAGCCUGACCGGCCUGGUGGAGCACAUGCAGGUCCAUAGAGACCCCGCCUCCCAGGCAGUUGUCCAGGAGUGGAUCAAGGAGAGAGAGGAAAUGAGGUCACGAACGAAGAGCAUCUUCAACGCGCAGUUCGGGAGCCUGUUCCGCACCUACCACAACCCCACCUACUUCUCACGCCGGCUUUCCCGCUUCGCCGACAUCUACAUGGCGUCCCUGAGCUGCCUGCUGCGCUACGACCUGCGCCACACCUUCUUCCCCCGCCGCACCCCGCUGCAGCACGAGGCCCCCUACUGGCCGGAGACGACCAGCGCAGGCGCCAUGAACAUCCCCUUCUGGGGAGCGGCAGGGCAGGCCAAGCCCGAGUAGGGGAGGGGACCGGGGGGGGCAGCGGGGGGGUCAGGGGGGGGGACCCCGUCUGGGGCUGGAGAGGGUGGCCCUGGGUUCCCCUGGAGCUCUACGUACGCACGCUCGUCUGCUGAACGCACUCAUUGUGUACGCAGAGCAGCUUUUCCUGGACUGUUCCCUCCUGUCCAGCCAAACAGGUGUGAUUUUUAUUUUAUUUUAUUUUUUGCAGGUGUGAUUUUCAGACCUGUAAACUCAGGUUUUACAAGGGGAAGCAAUAUUUUUAAGGUCCCCGUGCUAUUAGUUCUGCUGGAAAAAUAUCUGCACUUUACAUACUGCUGUCAUUAAAGGGAAACACAUUCACCCAUUUUCCAAAAAAAAAAAAAAAAAAAAAAGGUAGAAAAUAUCAGUGCUUUACAGUAUUUUGGACACAUUGCCAAGCAUAUCCUUAAAAGCAGCUUGUGAAAUAAUGCUCAGGGGUUGAAAAGCUGUACUCAGGAGCUGGUGAAGCAAGGGCAUGCAGAAACUGCAUGGCUGUACUCUGCACAUGCAUGAGCCUCAUUUCCAAAUAUCAUAGGAGGCAGAGCAACAGUGUAUCUAAAGCAAUAAUCCGGUGUGUGUGUUUAAAGGUACUGGUGCAGUCAGAGUUCUUAAGAAUGUGAUUUUAAUGCAUGACGCUUGUGUUGCACUGCAAGUCUGCAGUAAAAUGGCCACUGUCUCCUCCUGCUGUGUGUUGGGUAUCGGAGCACAGGGCUGUAAUGUGCUGUGGACCCGAUUCACAGUCCUCCCUUUUCAAAGCAUUGUGCUCUGAGAUAAGAUCCUUAAAAUGAGGUAUGAGGAAGUGGACCCUUUUCUGUGGGGGAAAAAAAGAUCCAAUCUCUUCAGUGUUUUGCCUUAUACCGGGCACUGUGCAUGUUUUAGGUGAAGCCUGGACAAUGCACUGCUUAUAACUUAUAAUCCUUAUAACUGAUCCACUCUGCAUUUCUCACACUCAUCCAUUUAUGCAUUAGGAACAAUUAUGCAUUCUGCGUGCAUUAGGGAAACUUGUAUGCACAUAAAAAAUGUUUAAGACUGCUAUACAUCCAUACAUCAGAGAAUUACAGGGUAGCACCGCACUGGGGAGAGGUCUGAUAUUGGCAGGCGCAGUAGAUUUAACUGCAUGCACUUUCUCCCUUACUCAAUAUCCUCUUCCUUCCUUCAUUGGUAACGACUUUGUUUCACAUGAAGACAAGAUGGCCGCAUUUUACUGAAGAAGGUAUUUUUUUGUUCCACUUUAGCACUUGCUUUGUGAUAUAUAUGUAUCACCUCAUCAAAAUAUAUAUAUAUAUAUUCAUUUUUGAUAUAUAAUUGUUAAUAGUUUUAUAGUUUUUGGUAUGAAGUGUUCUGGAUUUCGGCUAUGGAGCUGUGUAACCAAGUGCUUUUUUAAGCCACUGAUAUGGAAUUCAGGGAUUGAACAAAAACAAAAAACAAAAACAAGCAUACCUCUUAAGACCUGUAUUAUUUAAAAAAGUCUAAUACACAGCACUUUAGGCUGUUCAAAUACUGGCUGAAAUCAGUGUGAAGUUUUUUUUUUCUUCAAGACUUAAAAGGGAAAUGUUGAUUUACUGGAUUUAGUUUUAGAUACUUGAGCUGUCAAUCGGAAUCCGUUUCAUGCCUUUAGUUUCGCCUUUUUUUGCCUUUUUGAGUGUUUGCUACGUUUAUUUAUUAAAGAUGGCCGAUGCCGCUUGCCGAUGCCGCUUGCUUGGAUCUUCUCCCUUAAUUUUGUUCCAUGUGAAUGUUGUGUUUACAGAAUUUUUUUAUGAUUCGUGACCAGAAUAACAUUGUCCACUAGAUGGCAGCAGUAUGACUGCAUACACAGAGAAGUUCUCAAAUGGCGAAGUUUUCACCUCCGGUCAAGGAAGGUCCAUGUCUAUGAAAUUUAAAUUCUACCAUGAUUGCAUGGUCAUAGCUUCUCGCUACCAUUUGUUUUUACCAUGAAUUUAAAUUGGCUGUUGGAAAAUUAUUUUUAUUAUAAUUUUCCAACGUCAAAGGCAGAUUCAUAAUGUUUUCUUUGUUUUUCACCCACAACAUAACUGAUUUCUAAAUGCAUGAAGUAGAGAUAUGUGGAUAUAUUUUGUUUUAUUCAAGUAUACAUGAAUGCACGUGCUUAUAGCCUAACCCAUGGAUGACCCUGUCCUUUUACUGCUCCAGCUGUGUGAAUCUUUACUGGCUGCUACUGGUGUUGAGAUACCAGACAUUUGCACUGGGGACAUUUCCAUCAAAGUAUUCAGAGUUUUCAGACUUCCUUGUCUACACCCCUUCCUGUUGUCUGAAGGACGGAAAAUGUGUUCAUGUAAUAAAUGUGUGGAUAUGGAACGGUACCAUUGAAAAACCUUGGCUUACAGUUGAAUGCAAGUGGCUCAGCUGUGCUAUUGUACAGAAUUAUGCCAAAGAACAUUCAAACCCCUUUCCCCUCUCCCUCCCAUAACCCACCCCACGAUCGUCUUGACUAUUACUAAAUUGCAAAAGACAACUAUAGUUUGAAGAAAUGUAAACAAGAAAAGCACUACAACCAAAAA